GAGCUCUCCUGGACGCUGCCAUUGGUCCAUGAGCCUUUACCUGCGGUGUGUCCAUACUGUCAGGUAUCCGACUCCAGGAGCUUGACCGCGAGGAAAGCUCGACUUACUGUGUACACAGACGCCCCGCAAACACUGACAUACAGUCCUUACCUUGACAAUGGGAAGAAGAUAACAUUUUGAAACAUUGAGGGCAUCAUUUGCCGGUUUCUUUGACCUUUGGACCUUGCAUUCCUGUCGUUUUGGGAUAGCGCUGCAUCACUGGAUGUCUGUCUCGGUACACUGAAAGCCAACGUGGCAUGAACUCGCAGCGCAUGUGUGGAUAUUUUUGGAAAACGAUCCUCGACGGACACUCGACUCCGACCUGAGGAUAUUAGAUAUACACAACAUUGUUGAUAGCGCCGUGGCAGCGGUGGGUGCGCGCCAUGAUCCGACUCUCCCAGCUGCCAUGGGGCAUCACGGCUCUGCUUGCUGCGACAUGGUCGCCUUCGACCCAAGUCGCCGCCUCCCCCUCAGUCAAUGUUGCCCUGAAGGCAGCGUUUCCGUCUCCUCCAUAUCUGAUUGAGUUGCUGGAAACAGCAGCCUCGGACAAUGCGACAAUCUACUUCGCCCUCCUCGACCGGAUUGCAAACGGCCACUUUCUCGAAGCGAGGACAGAUCAGGCCCUGUAUGGGAGGUUCCUCGAGGUGCUGCGGGAUGAUGGGCACAUGGACGGCGAAGCACUGUCGACCUUCAAGCUGGGGCUAUCGAUGCGCACGGCAGCACCCCGGGUUGAAGCUCACUACCAAUACUAUUCGACGGCGGUGGAACCAUCACUAUCUGGAGACCAGGACGGCUGCGGGCAUUGGUUUCUUGUGGGGGGAACGCAAUACUGCACAGCCACGCUUGAUGCUGCGCGUGGAGAAGUGCAAAAGAACUCGCAGGAACGGAAUCUGCCAUUCGACCGCAAGUUUGGCACCGGCCCUCAGGAUGUGAUUCUCUAUGCUGAUAUUACGUCGCCGACCUUCGGCACCUACCACAAGACGGCCAUGAAAAUGGCACGGGAUGGAGAGGGCUCAUACCGCGUCAGAUACAGGAGAAGCCCUGCCCACCCGAAUGAAACCCUCUCGGUGAACGGAUACGGAGUGGAACUUACACUCAAACGGACCGAUUACAUCGUCAUUGACGACCGGGACAUUGGUGCCGCCAAGGGUCCUGGAGGCGAUGCCCAAGAGCCCCUCGGAUCUUCCGAGACAGUUCUGAAUUACGAGGAGGAGAUUACCGAUAUCAAGCCGCUGGAGAAGUCCGAGCUCGCGUCCUUGGGCAUGAAGGCCGCGUCGUUCAUUAUGCAGAGCGUGUCGCCGUUUGACACCUUACUCAAGCUCACCCAGGACUUCCCCAAGUACUCGACCUCUCUUGGAGCGCACAACGUCUCGGCCGACUUUAGGGCCGAGCACGAUGGCAACCGCAAGGUGUUGGUCCCCGAGGGCAUGAACGUCAUGUGGAUGAACGGCGUGCAGUUGGUCGAUCGCCAGAUCCAACCAUUCGGACUGGUAGAUCUGCUCAAACGCGAGCGCAAGCUCAUGAACGGUGUUCUUGACCUUGGCCUCACCGGGCAGCAGGCCAUUUCUCUGUUGGGUCAUGCAGAAGUGGCCCAGGCGAAAUCAGGUGAUGACGACGCUCGCCGUUUCGACUGGCGUGACCAAAUCGAGGAUGGCCGGGUCAUCAUCUGGCUCAACAACAUCGAGAAGGACAAGCGAUACAAGGAUUUUUCACCGAGCAUCUGGGCCUUGAUUCAGCACUUUGGGCACGGACUGCCCCAGGUGCGGAAGGACAUUUUUAAUCUGGUCGUCCCCGUGGACUUCACCAACCCCGAGGACAUCAAGUUGAUCACCAACCAGCUCCUUGUCUUCAUGAAGCGUUUGGUUCCGAUCCGGUUUGGUUUGGUCCCGCUUACCCCAACAGGAGAAGCCAUCGAGCAGGCCAAGGUCGUCUACUACCUUCUCGAAAACCAUGGUCUGACAGCCGCAGCCUCCUAUUUCGAGAAACUGCUUGAGUACAAGAAGACUUCUAAGCCGGACGAAGGUAUCUUCAACGAAGCUAUCAAGGACCGGCCACUACGGCCUGAAGCCACUCCGCUGGCGUUCAAGGACAUUUUCAGUUCUGAAAAUCACGAGAAGCAGAUCCAUUUGGCCAAGCAUUGGGUGGAGCGCCUGCGGGCAGAUGGCGAUGUUCCUUCCGUGUUUUUCGACGGCUUUGCAAUUCCCCGCGACGAGAAAUGGCUUCAUGCUAUGAACCAAAGGCUCAUGGUUGACCUACAGACCAUUCAACAAGCGGCCUACUUCGGGCAGGUGAACGAGGACGCUUGGAUCCCGGGGUAUUUCCUCGAGGGCGCCGUCACAAGGCGCAACACUCUGAUCUUUCCCGAGGAUCCGAAGGAUCUGGCCAUACUCAAUGUGAACAAGUUGUACACGGAGCAUCAUGAUGUCCUCAACAAGGUGCCCGUUAUUGAGGCCAUUAAGCAGUCGGCCAAGGAUGACUGGGCCGCCAUGACGGUCAUCGCGGACUUGGAUAGUCUUGAAGGUCAGAAACUUCUCUUCUAUGCCCUUCAGUUUCGUAAAGAGAAUGUUGGCAUCCGCAUGGACAUCGUGCACAACCCCAUGGAUGCCACUCAGUCUCCCUCGCUGCUCAAUCAGCGCCUCAAGGCGCGGGAGGGUGACCUUCUCGAGGCCCGGCAACUCCUUGACUUAGAGACGAUUUUGGAAAGCGGCAAGGCGGAAGUGGAUUCUACUUACGACGCUGCUUUGGACAACUUUCUCGCCGAAGUAAGCGUCAAGGCGGGAGACAAUGCGCUGAUACUCAACGGCCGUCGCGUUGGUCCCAUCCUCUCCGCCGAGCGGUUCAAGAAGGAGGACUUUGGGGAGUUUCUCAAAUCUGAACGUGCCGCUCGGAUCCUCCCCGUCUACAAGGCCAUCGAGGAUCUCGGUUUGGGUGACAAGGUGUCUGGCCCGUUGGAUGCCGCAAGGCUGACCGCCGUCACUGCCUUAUCUGGCAUUUCGGAUCUCCCGCAGGGCAUCUUUGACUCGGCGCCCUCAGUCAGGACGACGGCCUUCCAAGAAUGGAACUCGACGUACACAUCAUUCCAAGUCGGAGACGCAUCAAAGGCAACCAUCUCGUUUGUUGCUGUCAUUAACCCCGCCAGCGAGGUUGGCCAGAGGUGGGCUGCCGUGCUCAAGGUCCUUUCAGAACUCGAAGGCGUGCAUCUCCAGAUUUUCCUCAACCCUGCCAAUGAGCUCAGCGAACUUCCUGUCAAGAGGUUCUACCGUUAUGUCCUCGAGUCUUCACCUAGCUUUGACGAGAACGGAAAGGUCAAGGCUCUCUCAGCCAGCUUUGCGGGCGUGCCGCAGGACACCCUGCUUGUGGCAGGAAUGGACGUGCCGCCCGCUUGGCUUGUGACUUCCAAGGUCUCGGUCGACGACCUGGAUAACCUGCGGAUCAAGGAUAUCAAAGCCAAGAGAGGCACCGAGCACAUCGAGGCUGUCUAUGAGCUCGAAAACAUCCUGAUUGAGGGCCAUUCGCGCGAGAUGCCCACGGGACAGCCUCCACGGGGCGUGCAGCUCGUUCUUGCAACCGAAAAAGACUCGCACUUUGCCGACACCAUCGUCAUGGCCAACCUUGGAUUCUUCCAAUUCAAAGCCAAUCCUGGUAUCUACAGCAUCCGGCUCAAGGAAGGCCGGAGCUCGGAUAUCUUCACCAUGGAGAGCGUCGGCGCCCAGGGAUGGUCCCCGGUCCCCGGCGACGAGACCGCCGAGAUUGCGCUUAUGGACUUCCAGGGAACCACCCUCUACCCCCGCCUACGACGCAAGCCCGGCAUGGAAAAGGAAGACGUACUUGAAGAAAGCCAAGUUGACACCAAACCCGGUGGCGGCGCGAUGGACUUUAUCUCCAAAGGUCUAAAGUUCGCUGAAGGCAUCCUCGGGCGCAAACCCCCCACAAAGUCCCUCUCUGACACGGAACACGCCGAAAUCAACAUCUUCUCUGUCGCCAGCGGCCACCUUUACGAGCGCAUGCUCAACAUUAUGAUGGUGUCGGUCAUGCGUCACACUAACCACACCGUCAAGUUUUGGUUCAUCGAGCAAUUCCUCUCCCCAUCCUUCAAAGACUUCAUCCCGCACCUCGCGGCCGAGUACAACUUCAAGUACGAAAUGGUCACCUACAAAUGGCCGCACUGGCUGCGCCAGCAGAAAGAAAAACAGCGCGAGAUCUGGGGCUACAAGAUCCUCUUUCUCGACGUGCUCUUCCCCUUGUCCCUCGACAAAGUUAUCUUCGUCGACGCCGACCAGAUCGUGCGCACCGACCUGCACGAUCUCGUGACCCUCGACCUGCAGGGCGCCCCCUACGGCUUCGCGCCCAUGUGCGAUUCGCGCACCGAGAUGGAAGGGUUCCGCUUCUGGAAGACGGGCUACUGGGCCAACUACCUCCGGGGCAAGCCAUACCACAUCAGCGCGCUGUACGUGGUUGACCUGCGGCGCUUCCGCGAGCUGGCCGCGGGCGACCGGCUCCGGCAGCAGUACCACACGCUCUCGGCCGACCCCAACUCGCUCGCCAACCUCGACCAGGACCUGCCCAACCACAUGCAGUUCCAGAUCCCCAUCCACAGCCUGCCGCAGGAGUGGCUGUGGUGCGAGACGUGGUGCAGCGAUGAGACCCUCAAGGAGGCCCGGACGAUUGACCUGUGCAAUAACCCCCAGACCAAGGAGCCCAAGUUGGACCGGGCCCGGCGGCAAGUCCCCGAGUGGACUGAGUAUGACGAGGAGAUCGCCGCGUUGGCGAGGAGGGUUAGGCAGGAGCAGGCUGAGAGGAAGGUGGAGGAGACGAAUUCGAAGAGUACAAGGUUGGAUGAGGAGGUGGCUGCUGAAACCGCGAGGGUGAGGGAUGAGCUGUAGACGUUACUGACCUUGUAAGAAGGCUUUUUUCUCGUGUUAAUGCUAGAGCUGGAGAGAGAGAUGUGCAACAUAUCAUUUCCUCUUUGCAAAUAGUUUCCCAAAGUCAAUGCGAUGUAUCACUCCAUUCUUGCAUCUAUCACUCAGGAGCAACUCCGACCGCCCUCACCAGGCUUCAAAGCAAACAAAAAAGCAAAGCAUUCCCCAACGCCCGGCCAAGAGCAAACCACGCAAGCAACACCACUC